AUGGACUGGCUCAUGGGGAAGUCCAAGGCAAAGCCCAACGGGAAGAAGCCUGCGGCCGAGGAGAAGAAGGUGUACCUGGAGCCGGAGUACGCCAAGUCCAGGAUCACCGAUUGCGAGUUCAGGGAGCUGGUGGUGCUGCCCCGGGAGAUCGACCUCAACGAGUGGCUGGCCAGCAACACCACCACGUUCUUCCACCACGUCAACCUGCAGUACAGCACUAUCUCGGAGUUCUGCACAGGGGAGGCGUGCCAGACCAUGGCCGUGUGCAAUACACAGUACUACUGGUAUGACGAACGAGGGAAGAAGGUCAAGUGCACUGCCCCCCAGUAUGUCGACUUUGUCAUGAGCUCUGUGCAGAAGCUGGUGACGGACGAGGACGUGUUCCCCACGAAGUAUGGCCGAGAGUUCCCCAGCUCCUUUGAGUCCCUGGUGAAGAAGAUCUGCAGGUACCUGUUCCACGUGCUGGCCCACAUCUACUCGUCCCACUUCAAGGAGACCCUGGCGCUCGAGCUGCAUGGACACUUGAACACCCUCUACAUCCACUUCAUCCUCUUUGCCAGGGAGUUCAACCUGCUGGAUCCCAAAGAGACCGCCGUCAUGGACGACCUCACGGAGGUGCUGUGCAGUGGCGGGGGCCACAGUGGGGGCAGCACGGACGGGGCCAGCGGCGGGGGUGCAGGGGCACAGAACCAUGUGAAGGAGAGGUGA